AUGUCCAAAGUGGCCUAUGGUAUUACAGUGGCUCCUGCGACGUAUUUUUGCAUUGAUGCUUUAGGAAACUGCACGAAUAUGUCAGAACAAGAUAAAUUAAUUUUAGCUUUAAUCGAACAUCUUAGAAAGAAACUUUUACUUAUACCACAUUCAAAUGACAUGGACACUCCAAAUGACGAUGAAUGUACAAAAAAAUUAAUUGAAAAUCGUUAUAAAUUAAUUCAUACCAUGUGUCAAACUGCUAAAGUAAUGGAUUAUCUUGAAUCAAACGGCGUGGUACCACGUUCUAUUUGCUCACGUAUUCUUCAUGAAUAUCGUGUACCAGAAGAUCGAAAUAGAGCAUUACUCGAUUUCUUAUUCAGUCGUGCAAAAAAUGCUUUUCGUCCUUUGAUCGAAGCACUUUAUCUAUCCGGUAAUGAACAUCUUGUUCAAUUGCUCGAUGAAAAUUUUCUCUUGAGCAACGUUCGACAACAAAUCGAUGCUGAAUAUCGGUUCCCAACGGCUGUUGGACGACAUGUAUCACUUCCUACAAGUGUUGAAGAUGAAAAAUUACGUAAUUUCAAUAAUAAUAUCGAAUCAUUGGAAAAUCAAAUUUCACUUUUCAAUUUAAAUGAUGUUGAAAUAACGAAAUUCGAUGACGAAGUACAAAUGGGCUUUGAAGUUCAAUUAUUAACAUCGGAUUUACUCGAACAAUAUCCUCAAUUAGAUCCAAUGCAACGAUCGAAUAAAUGUUAUCGAAUGUUGAGUCGACCUCGUGGUCAAUGUUUAUUAAUAAAUAAUGUUGAUGCAUUUAAAACAAUGGAAAUUCGUCAAGGAUCAGAUAUCGAUGCUAGUAAAUUAAAAAGUUUAUAUGAACAAUUGGGUUUUGUUGUUGUUGUUCGACGAAAUCUUAUUCAUAAAGAAAUGGUCAAUGUCAUAAAAAAUUUUGCCGAUCUAAUUGAAGAACAAAAAGAGACAUGUGAUUGUGCUGUGAUUAUUAUUUUAAGUCAUGGCGGAAAUGGAACGAUCUAUGCCGUCGAUGAACUCGCAUUAGAUGUGGACGAACAAAUUAUAUCUGUAUUUGAUGAUCAUUUAAUAGGAAAACCAAAGCUAUUUAUUUUGCAAGCAUGUCGUGGAUCUCAAUGUAAUUAUCGUUCGGAAUCAGCGACUCGUUUAUGGUCAACCGAUAGCAUUAUCAAUGAAACAAAUAUCGAUAGUGGCAGUCAUGUAAUAACAAAAGUUCCCAAACGUAGCGAUAUGGCCAUAUGGUAUUCAACGUUGAAAGAUUAUGUUUCAUGGCGUUUACCCGAUGAGGGUAGUGUAUUUAUUCAAUCGUUAAUUACAGUUUUUGCACGAACUGCGUGGCAUUACGAUUUAGUUACAAUGGUUCAAUGUGUUAAUCGUACGAUGAAAGAAAAAUUUGCUGCUCAUGAGUCAACACCAUUUCAAACGCCGUGCUUUGAAUAUCAUCUUGAUUAUCCUUUAUAUUUCAACCCAGGUUGUUUCGAUCAAAAUUAA